GUGACUUUUCAUCCCCAGGGUUCAUGUCUGAUGAUCCAACUGCGACGUAUCCAAACUCAGCAAGCUGUGAGUUUGUAAUACAUGUGAGUGAAGGAAUGGUAAUUGAACUAAAGUUUGUUGUGUUUGAAUUGGAACGACCUUCACCUAGUGGUACUUGCAAGUAUGACUAUGUAAGAAUAAGAGAUGAUGGUGAUCUGUAUGAAAUUUGUGAUACACAUCAAUUCCAUACUCGAAGAUCUAAAAGCAAUUGGUUAUAUAUUGAUUUCGAAAGUGAUCUCUUUUUUUCUAAAAGAGGGUUCCAUGCAUCAUACAUCGCAGUUCCUGAAGAAGAUCCUGAGUGUGGUCACCCAAUAUAUUUAAAUAUUAGUCAUGGUGCUCUCCACUCGCCUGGCUAUUUGAAAGACUCUUGCGAUAAUAUGUACCGUAUUUCAGAAAAUUGUACAUGGGAGAUUGAUGUUGGUGACGGUAUGGAGAUUGAACUGAUGUUCAAUGAAUUUGAAUUAGAACUUUGGAGUGGAUGUGGAACAGACUUCGUUAUGCUAGAUGAUGGCCAUCGUAGUAUUAAACUGUGUGGAGACAAGACAUCCUACAUGUAUAGAUCAACUGGAUCGUGGCUUCGUAUCGCAUUUUACAGUGAUCCUCUGGGAGGAACAAGAAGAGGUUUCAAUGCAUCAUAUA